AUGUCGCAGAACAACUGGCAGGAGGAGGCGAUGAAGCGUCUGCGUCAGAUGCAGCAGUCUGGACGGCGACCCGGCGGUGCCGCUGGUGGCCGCCCCCCCCAGAUUCCCAGGGGAACGGGAGGCAUUGCCGUGGGGAGCAUGCUCCUUCUCGGAGGAGCCUACGUGCUGUCCAACUCGCUGUUCAACGUGGACGGUGGACACCGCGCCAUCAAGUACACCAGGGUCGGGGGUGUCAGCAAGGAGAUUUACACUGAAGGAACUCACAUCAACAUCCCUUGGUUCGAGACGCCAAUCGUAUACGACGUGAGGGCCAAACCGCGCAACGUCGCCUCCCUGACGGGGACGAAGGACCUGCAGAUGGUCAACAUCACGUGCCGUGUCCUGUCGAGGCCGCAGGUCGAGGCUCUCCCUCAGAUCUAUCGUACCCUGGGGACCGACUACGACGAGCGCGUGCUGCCGUCCAUCGUCAACGAGGUCCUCAAGAGCGUCGUCGCCCAGUUCAACGCCAGCCAGCUCAUCACCCAGCGUGAGAUGGUAGCCAAGCUGGUGAGGGAUAACCUGUCGAAGCGCGCUGCCAGGUUCAACAUUGCCCUCGAUGAUGUUUCCCUUACGCACCUCGCCUUCUCUCCCGAAUUCACCGCCGCCGUCGAGGCCAAGCAGGUCGCCCAGCAAGAGGCCCAGCGUGCCGCAUUCGUCGUCGACAAGGCCCGCCAGGAGAAGCAGGCCAUGGUCGUCAAGGCCCAGGGUGAGGCCCGCUCGGCCGAGCUGAUCGGUGACGCCAUCAAGAAGAACAAGGCCUACGUCGAGCUCAAGAAGAUCGAGAACGCCCGUGCGAUUGCCGCGCAGCUCCAGGAGGCUGGUUCCAAGAACAGGCUCAUGCUCGACUCGGAGGGUCUGGGUCUAAAUGUGUUUAGUGACAGUGGUAAGAAUUAA